AUGACCAGUACUGACGAAUGGAAAGGAGCACGAUUUAAAGAGGCCGAAGACCAUUCCCAGGAAACUAACGUACUUCUGGAAAGAAUAAAUGCAACUACGAUACCCGACCUUUUGAAAAGUUCAGGUAAGACUAUUGAUGAACUUGUCGACGAAAUAUUGGUCUUAGAGAAGAAAUGUCGCCUCGGUGAUGACGUUGCCUCUACACGAAGGCUUGCAGUGGAGGCUCUGCGCAUAUGCCGUGUGCAGAAGGAUGUGGUAAAAAUGCUCUCUUUACUUGACACACUAAUGAAAAAGCGGGCUCAAACGAAGCAGGUGCAAGUCGCCAUGAUUGCUGAGAGCGCUGUGGUCCUCCACGAUGAUUCUCUCGAACCCGAAAAGGAGGAAGAUGUCCUUGAGCGACUAGCACAUGUUACUGAUAACAAAAUCCACGUUGAGUUAGAACAUGCACGUUUUACCGUUGAGCUUGCCAAACGCCACGAGGCGCGUGGUAUGAAGCGUUCCGCGUGCGAUAUGCUCUCCGCUUUGCAUGUUGAAACGAUUACUAAUAUGCCACGUCUAGAAAAACUAGAGGCACUCAACCGGCAGAUUCGCCUUUGCCUGGAGUUGGAGGAUUAUGAGCAUACUCCUCUUGUUUCGCGAAAGAUUAAUCAUACUGCUCUACGUCGGGAGGAGGCUAUGGAGCAGAAAUUGGUGUAUUUUUCGCUUAUGCGUCAGUACUACGCGAAGAAAGGUUCUUAUUUUAAUUUAGGUCGUUGUUGGUAUGAAACUUACCUUACUCUUACUGACGCCAAGCAGAAACUUGGCGCCUUAAGUAACAUGAUGGUUCACUACCUCAUUUCAGAGCAUUCCACAGUGAAAGAAAUCGAGGACAUGGCCGAAUGCACCGCAUUUUCCCCCGCUACGAAAAUGCAAGACAGAGUAUUGGCGCUUUCAGAAAUAUCCCAAACACUCAAAUCUAACUUGGAGGAUUUACCAAAUUUACAUUUUCUCCUUAAACAGUUCAACAGUAUCGACGUGAUCAGGGAGCGAAUAAAAAGAGAAGUGGAUGAUAUAUGCGGCACGCACCCGGAGCUGAAAGACUAUCCAGAACGCCAAGAAUUGCUUCUUAAUCGAUGCAGUGAGCAUGAUUUGAUUGUGAUCUCGCGUUUUUACACGCGUAUUCGUCUCACACGGCUUUCCGAGCUAGUCGGGCUUUCGCAAUCGCAUACCGAGUCGUUUAUUAUGUCUAUGGUGUCUAAUAAGACGUUGUACGCUAAGAUCGAUCGCGUGGAUGGACUUGUGGUGUUUGAACCUCCUCAAAACACCAUUGAGGUGAUGGCAUCAUGGAAUGCAGCGGUGGAGCGCAGUGUGGCUCUUUUAGACAAGGCGUCGCAUCUCAUAACAAAGGAACGAAUGCUGCAUAAUUUACCUCAAUAUACUGCGAGUUAG